CGGCCUCCGUGUCUGCGGAACGUGUGCCCACCUGUGUGAGCCGCGGUGGUGUCCGCAGGCGGCAAUUACAUAAGCAGCAGCAGCGGCGGCGGCGGCGACGGGAGAUAACAGCGCGGCGCGCCUCCACAGCGAAGAUGGCGGCGGGGCCCGCAUCGCCGACGCGCCGGCAGCUACAGCAGGCCAUGCGGCUCGUCGCAGACAACUGGCAGAAUGAACGUGAAGAUGUGCAGAAAAAGACAUUUGCCAAAUGGAUCAACUCACAAUUGAUAAAGAGCACGCAACCACCGAUCACAGACUUAUUCGUCGACCUCCAGGAUGGCAACAGGUUGCUGGCUCUGCUCGAAGUGCUCACGGGCAAACAAUAUAAACGGGAAAAAGGUCGAAUGAGGGUGCACCAUCUAAACAAUGUGAACAAGGCACUGCAAAUCUUGGAGCAAAACAAUGUGAAACUCGUCAAUAUUAGCAACAAUGACAUUGUGGAUGGCAACCCGAAGUUGACCCUCGGCCUAGUAUGGAGCAUAAUUCUUCAUUGGCAGGUCCACUACCAUCUGAAGGAUCUCAUGUCCGAUCUGCAGCAGACUAACCUGGAGAAGACGCUACUCGCCUGGUGCCGACAAAACACGAAAGACUACCAGGGAGUGGAUGUGAAGAACUUCACGACAUCAUGGUCAGAUGGGCUGGCGUUCAAUGCACUGAUCCACCACUGGCGGCCGCAGCUGUUCGACUUCAACAACAUUGCGCGCAAGCACCCGAAUGCACGCCUGGAGCAUGCCUUCCGCAUUGCGCAGGAGCACCUACACAUCGACAGGCUGCUGGACCCCGAGGAUGUUAACACUUCAGUACCUGACAAGAAAUCCAUCAUGAUGUAUGUAAUGUGUUUAUUUCAAUCACUACCUCAUUCAGAAGUGGAUGCAAGCACUCUUGAAUCUUCAAUUAAUCCAGAAACUGGUUCUCUGAUGUCUCCAGCGGCAGAGGCCCUACCAUUUAGUGCUCCACCAUCUCGACCUAUCAGCCUCGCAACAAAUGUGUCUGUUGAAUUGGGAGGUUACCAAGUUGCCCUGGAAGAAGUUCUUACAUGGCUGCUAGAAGCUGAGGAUAAGCUUAGCCAGUCGCCUGUGUUGGCUGGUGAUUUAGAAACAGUCAAAUCGCAGUUUCAUGCACAUGAGGAAUUUCUGCAUGAACUGGCUGGCCAUCAGGAAGGUGUGCGAGCAGUCCUAGAAGAAGGAGCCCAUAUGGUUUCUGAAGGUGGUUUGUCUCAUGACGAAGAAGAUGAAGUGAGGGUACAAAUGAGACUACUUAAUUCUCGUUGGGAGGAUCUAAGGAUCAAAGCUAUGGAACGUCAAACAAGGAUCCAUGAACUCUUGAUGUCACUGCAGCAGCAACAAUUAGAUCAGCUGAGACAAUGGUUGACAGACACAGAAGAUCGCAUUUCACACAUGGCUGAAGUUGCAAAUGAUCCUGAAACUCUGCAGGAGCAGAUAGAACGUCAUCGUGAACUGCAGAACGAUUUGUGUGCACAGCAGAAGGUGGUUGAUGCACUGUCACACAUGGUGGUGGUUGUUGAUGACAAUAGUCCUGAGAGUGCAUAUGCUCAGAUGGAGGACCAGCUGACAGCUUUGGGAGAGCGCUGGGCUCAUAUAUGCCAAUGGACAGAAGAUCGAUGGGCGCAGCUGCAACAUCAAGCAACAGUAUGGGGUCCAGUUACAAAGAAGCUACAGUUUGUGCAGUCAGCACUUGAUACCUGUGAAACACAGCUUAAAACAAUGGAGGCUACACCAUUAGAGGAGAUGGGCCAGGUUAUGGAAAGAGUUCGCACAUUGCAGACAAUCCGAGUUGAAAUGGAUGAUCACCAGAAAAAAAUCAUUGCCCUUCAGGAUUUAGCUCAAAAGCUGCAGGCCGGUUCUGCUACUGACAAAAUUCUUGAAAAGAUAGAAAUGCUGCAGGACCGAUGGGAUGCUCUGAUACAAAUAAUGGAAGUUCAAGGCCAACGUAUAAAUAGCUCAGGAUUUGAAUUUAGCAUAAAACCAAUUGCUACUGAAAGCAGGUCUGAAGUAUCCUCUCAAGAUGAUGAAUGGAGCAGGAGUUCUAAUUUUACUUUGCAGUCUAGUCAAGAGAUUCUACAACAUGCAAGUCCAAAGAAACGUCGUCUUGCAACUGUUAAUCGGCUUGAGUUUGAUACAAAACUUGCACUUUUUCAAAAAUGGUUGGACCAUAUUGAAUCAAGGUUAGAUACCUGUAAAGAAGGAAGUAGUUCUGAAGGCAGCACAUUUAACAACUACAGUUUGGAAGAACAAAUAGCAAUCUAUGAAGAAAGUCAGUCAGAUAUAGAGAUUCAUGAGGAAGAUUAUAAGCAGCUUGUAAGCCUUGCCAAAGUGAUGAUAAGGGAACUGCAGAUACAAAAUGAACAAACUGAUGCAGAAGAAAAAAUUGUAAAUGACUUGGAAACAAGAUGGCAUGGUGUACAACAGUUACUACAACACCACAGGCAAACCAUAGAUUUUAUGAAUGAUAGAAAACUCUUUUAUAAUGAAGUUCUUAGUUUAGAAUUGCUGUUGGAAGGUUAUGAGAAAUGGCUCGAAUCUCCAAAAGUGUCAGUGAGUCUUGCGCAUCAGCUUGAACAAUGCAGGGCUAAACUCAAAACUCUAAAGUCCAAUGAAGAGCGCUUCACAAAGUUGAAAAAGAGAUCAGCUGAGCUCUCUGGAAAUGAAACUGCAGGACCUUAUGCUGAAGAUAUUGAUGCUGAUGCAGACAAAGUUCUUCAGAGAUGGAACAGUUUAUUGUUGAGGCUGACUGAAAAACAGACUGAACUAACCAGCGCCAUUGAUAGAACGCCACCCAAGAAGUAUCUUGAAGCAAAAGAAGCACUGAUGAAAUGGGUGCACAAUGUUGAAGGUGUGCUGCUUUCAGAACAUGCUGUUGUGUCUGAUAUUACCACAAUGGAGGACCAGCUUCAGAAGUUCAGGGAACUACAAAACACCAUUGAUGAACAGCAAGACAGUUUCGAGUACGUGAACAAAACUGGGCAAGAGCUGAUACAGCAUGCUGGUUCAGAAGCACAGAGUCAAAGAUUGAGGGAAGAGCUCCAAGACCUAAAUACACGGUGGAGUGAUAUCCCAGCCAUUUUAGAGGAAAGGCAGUGCAGACUUACGAAAGAUGUUGAAACACUGCGCCAGUUUAAUGAUGAGAUGGAUGGUCUCAAUUCAUGGCUGCAAGAAGUUGAAACUUUUCUGCAAGCAGAUGAUGCCAUACCAAUUGGUGAAUUAGAGACAUUAGAAGCCCAACUGGAACAGUCCAAUGCUCUUCAGGAUGACGUGGAAACACUUCAGCCAAAUUUCAACAAAAUAAAAACCACAGCCGAGAAGCUUUUGGACAAUGCAGAACCUGCCUUUGCAGAACAACUGAAAUCACAAUUAGAAGCCUUAAGUAAGAAAUGGGAGAAAGUAACCGGAGACUCAAAACAACAAAAUACUGCACUGAAAGAGGCAUUAGAAAAGAGCAGAAAGGUGAUCAGUGGUGUUGAAGAUUUCAAGGCUUGGCUUUGCAAACUUGAGACUGAGAUACCACCAUCACCUUUAGUCAACUCCUCAACAGAACUUUACCAAAUGAAAGGAAGAUACCAACUUCUUAAAGAUAAGGUUGAUAGCAGGACAGAAGAUUUUCGCAACUUGAAUGAAAUGGGUAAUGACAUGAUGCUGAGCAGUGAAGGGAGUUCUGUUCAGGAACUGGCAAGAAGGUUCACCCAGCUGAAUGCCAAGUGGAGUGAAGUUACUGACCACAUUUAUGACAGACAUAGAAUACUGAAGGAUGCCUCACAUGAAUAUGGAGAGUUCAGAGCUCUUGUUGCACAAGAAAUGGACUGGCUGGAUAAACUGGAGAAACGACUUCGAAAGUCUCCCAAGUCAGCUGCAGAUGCUGAGGAGAUAUCAGAGGAGCUUGAUGAUCUAGAAAAUUACAUUCGAAACCAUCCAGAAGCAAGGCUUGCCAAAUUGCAAAAUAUUGGCCGAAAACUAGUUGAAGCCCUUGUUAUGCCACAGUCAGUUCAAGGUGAUGUGGAAAAAAUUACAGAGAGGUGGAGUCUGCUUAGUCAAAAGGCUAGGGAUCGAACCAUAUUGCUUGAAGGCUCUGUCCAAGAAGCUCAGGAGUCAGAAAGCCAUAUCCUAGAGUUUCAAGAAUGGGUAACUCAAGUAGACAGACUACUAACUGCACGUGUUGAAAACGACGUCACCGCAGAUGAUUUGCCGGACGAUGACCAGCGUCUAGUUGAAGAAUUUGAGACACAGGAAAGUACACUGAAAGAAAUGGAAGAGCAAGUGAGAACUUACCAUGAAGCUGGAAAACAUGAAGCUGCUGCCAGGUUGCAGGAACAGAUGCUCCUUCUACAGCAACGAUUUGCUGAAGUCCAGAAGAAAUUUCAACGAUUUCGGUCACCCCCUCAUUCACAUUUGGAACCACGUUUAUCAAGAGCACUUCGAGAACUGCGUGGUGUUGAAGAAGCCACUUGUUUACUUGAACUUGCCUCUGAUGAUCCUGAGGGUAUUGAGGGACAACUAAAACACUGCAUGAGGUUUUAUCACAAACUGAGUGAAAUCAAAGCUGAAGUGGAAAGCAUCAUAAAAGCUGGUCGUAAACUGGUUGAGGAGAAAGCUGUUUCUGAACCUCAGAAAUUUUCUGUGCGAUUAGACACCCUUAAGGAGUUAUAUAAUAAGCUUGGACUGCAAAUAACAGAGGCCAAAACAGCUUUAGACUCAGCCCUGGAACUGUCAAAAAGUUUACAUUCAAAUAUUCCACUUUUAAAUGAAUAUAUAGAUAAUUUAGAAAGAAAGUUGGCUGAUAAUGAGAAACAUGGAAAUUUUAAUAACAAAACUUACAUGCAGCUUAUAAAGAGAGCAGUGAAUGACGACUUCCCAGUAUAUAUUAAAGUUAAAGACAACAUAAAAACCAACUUUAAGGCAUUUUCAGCACUGUGUGAUCCUGUUUAUUUAGAAGUACUGAAAGAUCGAAUCAAUGACACUUUAAGCAAGUGGGAUAAACUAUAUGACCGUGUUACAAAUAUUGAUAAUCGUCACCAGGAAAUUUCCAUAAAGGAAUGUGAAGCAAAACUUACUGAUAUCAGUAAGACAGCAGAUGAAAUCAAUAGGUGGUUUUUGGAAACUGAAGAGAAACUGAACCUUCAUUCCAGUCUACCAGGAGAUAAAAUGUCAGAGAAGCAAGUUUUAGAUUACAAAGAACUGCAAAAACUUUUGACUGUGAAGAAGACAAAGAUUAAUGACCUACAUGAACUUGCAGAUAGCUUGGGCACUUUUCCAGGAACUGUAAUUGUAAAUCUGAAACUUGAUCAGCUGGAUUCAAUGUGGUCAAGAAUAAUGAGUAAACUUGAUGGCUGGACACAAAAAGUCAAUAAUUCGAACAAGAACGAAACAGCCAAUCCUGGUGAUAAUUCGCUGGCUGCAGAACCAACAAGUGGAGACUCUAGGGGGAGAGAGCCACAAGAAAUGUAUCAUAAAAUUCAUGAGGCUUCUCCUUUGGUUUCUGUAAAGGGAACUGAAGGGCAAGUAGUAGCAGAUGAACCUGCAGCAUUCCAGGAAUUGCUUGUUGAACCUCCCACAACUAAUUCAGAUGCAUCAUCAUCACCAGUUGUCAGUGACUUUUCUAACAAAUUUGAAGGAACACAUUUUGAUAUGGGCGUUGGUUACCUGAAUCCAGCGUUUGAAGACACAGCAACAUUAGAAGAGUCAGUGAAGGUUAAUAAUCAUCAUUAUAAUGCAGUUCCAACAAAUAACAAAGAGACAGUGUCUGCAGUGGAUACUGGGAGCCCUGUUAUGGAAGAAGAUGUGGUAAAUGAAACAGCAGUAAAGGGCCUGGUUGUGGAUAAAAUGGUUAUUCCAGAUGUUAUACAAAUGACAGAGCCAAAAAUUGCCAGUGGUAGCACCAAAAUGUCUACUAGUGAAUUAGAGGAUAGUGUCAGAGACGGUUCAUCAAAUGACGACAGUGAUACAUUCCGUUUAGCAAAAGACAGUGUUCUGUUCUCACAGGUGUCAAACAAUACUCUGAUUAGUUCCUCUCCGGACACUAAUUUCAGUGAUAUCUCCCAGCAUCAGGCAGCAGAUCCAUGUCAAAUGGUUGAAGUAAAAGCAAUUGAAAUAGUGAAACAUGUCAUGUAUCCAAGUAGGAAUGUGGAAACAUCAAUGCAUUAUGGGCCCCAGGCUGUUGAAAUGGUUGAAAUUGUUGAAGACACUGAAGAAGAACCAGAAGAAUCUGCUGCAGAAACAGAUAAUGAAGACAAAGGUCAAACUGAAGAUACAACAGUUACUGAUACUGGAGUGCAAGGAAAUGACAAAGAUGGAUUAUUUGACACUGUGAUAUCGAAUAAAAAACUUGCCAAGCAAGAGACUGUACAGGGCUCACCCAAAGUGCAGAGGAAAGAGACUGAUGAAGAAAUCAUCAGGGUGAGUCCCAAGAACAGCAUGAACAGUGUGUCAAAUGCAUGUACUCAACCCCUAGACCAACUUUUAACCGAAACUGCACAUUCCCUGAAUAUAUCACCAACUCCUAAACUUUCUAUCCCAGGUUAUGAAGUAGAAGUGCAUGUGACACCCACCCCACCUCCUACACCAUUAGCUGUACCCACUGAGACUCCGCCUGAACUUUGCCUCCAAAUAACCGAUAGAGUUAAUAAAACUGAGCGGACGACAGUGACUGCAUGGCGUGAACCAGAGUGUGCCGAGUACUUAAUAAUAGACACUGACAAUGAACAGUUUGUGCCUGAACUUACUAACAAUAAGGCUCUACCUGCAUCACAAAAAGAUGGAAAAAUAUUGGAGAAGAAUACAUCAUCAGCUCUCAAAGAAGUAAUACUGAAGAAGGAAAUAGAAGUUUCAAAAACUUAUAAAAUUACUGGGAGCUUCUGUAACCCUGAAAUAUCAUCAGCCAUAGGUGACAUUCCUAAAGAAAAUGUAACUUUGCCAUUGACCACUUUAGAGGCAGAAGAGUAUGACAGUUUUUAUGGAAGUGACAAAGAAACUGAUGAUGUUGUGGAGUUUUCAGAUGAUGGCGUAUCUCCUCUUGAGCUGAAUAACAGCUCAAGUUCAGAUGAUGAUGAAAGUGCAUCGUUUGGUCACCUUAUUUCUCAGCAUCUGGACAAGGCCAUUCUUUCUUCGAGAAAGGAAGCCAGUGUCCGAAAGGCUGAGAAGCUUCCUCCCAGCUCCACAACUGCAGUUACAGUGAAAUCUGAGCGUAGCUUUCCAUCACAGCUGAAACACUCAGGAACACCACCAGUUGCACAAGCAUUACUCAGCCAGUCACUUGUUACUGAGAUUGCUGAAUUUGAGGAUGAAGCACAGCAUAUGCUCUGCAGAAUGGAUGCUAUGCUGGAAACUGUGCGAGCUGUUACAAAUGAAAAAGAUCCCAUAAAAAGGCUCGAGGUACUUGAGCGAGAAUUCAGUUUGCUUGCUCCUGAUGCUGCUACAUUGAUAAGCAGAGGGGAUGGGCUUGUACUUACAGUCCACUCCAGUGAUCCUUCAAGAGCUGAACAGCUUAAAGAAUCUUCCCAAGACAAACUUCGUGACAAGUGGCAUCAAGUGAAGUCAGAAACUGAGUUCCAGAAAUCUCAAGCCCAACAAGCGGAACAGAAAUUUAAAGCCUUUAGUAAAUUAGUAGAUGAGCUGGAGGUUUGGUUAAGAGAUGCCAGACGAAAAAUUGACCUGGCAAAUAAUGAUGAAGGACAGUUGCAGGGUGUAAAAGCUGCAUUUGAUAAGAAGCAUCUGGAGUUCUCAAGACUGAAUGACAUGUCCAAUGAAUUAACUAAAUUAAAUGUUGGUCAUGGUGAAGGUACAGUGGCAAAGAUAAAUGAUACAUGGACUGACAUACAGGAAAAAUUCCGUCAGCUACAUAAGGGAUCCAAAGAGAAGGAAAAAGUGCUUCCAGAGAGCAAGAGCAGUGCAGCAGUUCAGGCUGCAGAUUUUGUCACUCAUGUAAACAAAGUAAGGGAAGUUGUCUCUUCUGUGUCCAGACAACUCAAUUCAUAUCCUCUCAAUGGUAAAGAUUAUGAUACAUUCCCAGCACAAGAAGAAUCUUUAAAGAUAGUCAAAGAAGGGCUGCUUUCAUUAAAGCCUAGGAUUGAUGAAAUUGAACAGCAGAGAGAUGCUGUGAUGAGACACAUUAGGCGAGACCAUUCUGAGCAAGUGAGACGAGUUGUUGAUAAACUCAGAGAAGAAUGGUCCCUUGUCAAUCGUGGCUAUACAGAAAGACAUAGUCGUUGGUUGAAAUGUACAGAAAUUUGGAGAGGAAUGCAUAAUAAUUGUGACACAUUCUCAGAAUGGCUUUGCUCUGCAGAGGCAAUGAUUAGUGAGUGGAAUACCAAAAAUUUAACUCUGCAAGAGGCAAAGUCAAAGUUAAAAGAGCUAGAAAAACAAAUCACUAUGAAACACAGGAUGAUGAAUAAUAUUAGCUCAUCAUGCCGUAUCAUACUGAGCCAGUCCCAGCCACCAGAGAGCACUAUAAUACAGGAGAAGGUUGAAAGGCUCCGGAAACGGUGGCAGUUUGUGCUUUCUGAACUUACAGCACGGAGAGACAAAAUUGCUGCAAUGGAAGUGAGUAAUUUACCGAAGAGUGAUCCAUCAUCAUUUAUAACUGCUGCAUCAGCUACUUUGGAUCAAGUAAGAAUUCUCCUUGCUUCAAGUGCAAACCCAUCAGAUGACACUUCACUGGCUGUGAGGCUUAGCAUGGUUAAGGCUAGAGAGGAAGAACUAUUGGGUAGGAAACAAGAAAUGGAGGCUUUAAAUAAAUCAAAACAGUUACCUGCCACAGACCAAGUCAAAAGUUUGAGUGCAGCUUUGGAAAAGGCAUCAUAUGAUAUGGCAGCUCAUCGAGAAUAUGUAGACUGCAAAUUAGUGACACUGAAGAAGUAUACAUCAAAUGUGGACUCUGUACUUGCUUGGAUAAUGGAAACGAAAACCAGAAUAAAUAUUAGCAAAGAACUUCCUGAAAAAGAAAAGAGAAGAGUGAUUGACAACAUCUUGGCAUCUGUUCUUAGUCGUGAAGGAGAGGUAACUGAAGUCCUUGACAAUUUCUCAAAUUUGGAGGAGGAGUGUGACACAGCUAAACAACCAGUGUCUGUAGAACUUCAGGAGAAAAUUAAGAAGUUGAUCGAAGAUUGGCAGUAUGUAAAGUGCCGAGGUGAAGUUGCUGUAGUUGAUGGUGUAGAAAAUGCUGCUUCAGUAGCCAGUACACUGAGUCAGGUUCCCAGGAUUCGAACAACAGAGAGCAGUGGGGCGGUGAGUGCGGGGGAGCGCCCUCUGCGGUCAGUGCACGUGCAGACGCCCACGCCCACGCCGGCGGCAGCAGCAGCAGCGCCAGCAGCCUCCGCCAGCGCCGCCCCCGCCACUAGCCAGCACCGCUCCGCGUCUGCCGCGCUCGUCGCCAGCUUCGACAAGUCCAUCCUGCAGAUUCGUGACUCGUUGGCUGUAGAAGAAGAGAUGCUACGUCAACAGACUGUCGUCGUUGGAGACGUGGAGGAUAUCCUCCAGGUCCUCGACAAGCAGAAGAAUGUCCUGCGUGAGCUGGAACAGAAGAAGCCCCAGCUCGACGAGCUGGUUCACACGGCAGAAAACCUCAAAGCCGAUUCCAACCGUCAACAGCUGCACGGCAAAGCUCUGUGCGAUUCACUGUGUUCGCCAAUCUUGUACCACCUUCGGACGUAUCUGAAAGUGACGAAGCUGCGGGAGCACUGGGACGAGACAAAUGCCAAGGUGAUGCAGCGGAAGUCUCAGCUGGACGCGAUGCUGUCGGACAGUCAACGCUACGAGGGCAAGCGCCUCGAGGUGGAGGCGUGGCUGACGCGCAUGGAGACGCGGCUGGAGCGCAUGGCCGCCGUCGGCCACACGGCGGACGUGCUCGAGGCGCAGCUGCGCGAGCAGAAGUCAUACCACGCCGAACUUCAUCAGUACAAACACCACAUCGAAAUAUUCAAUCAGCUGACUCAGAAACUGAUUGCUGUUUACCAGCAAGAUGACACAAGUCGUGUCAAGAAAAUGACAGAGGCGGUCAACCAAAGAUAUGGAAAUUUGAAUUCAAGCAUCAUCAACAGGGGCAAGUUGCUGCAUUCGGCGAUGAGCUCGCUGCACAACUUCGACCGUUCGCUGGACAAAUUUCUGGCCUGGCUGUCGGAAGCGGAAUCCUCCAUGGAGUGCGUGGAGUCGGACGCCGACCGCCUGGGCAGUCGCCGCGACGCGGGGGCGAUCCGGCAGCCGCUGCACCAGCUCAAGGACCUGCAGAGCGAGAUCGAGAGCCACCGCGAUGUGUUCGCGUCGCUCAACGGGACGGGCCGCAAGCUGCUCAGCAGCCUCGCCUCGCAGGACGACGCCGUCAUGCUGCAGCGCCGCCUCGACGAGAUGAACCAGCGCUGGCACCACCUCAAGGCCAAGAGCAUGGCCAUCAGAAACCGACUGGAGAGCAAUUCAGAGCACUGGAACGCGCUUCUGCUGUCUCUGCGCGAGCUCAUCGAAUGGGUCAUCCGCAAGGACACGGAGCUCACUGGACUGGGCCCCAUAGGUGGAGACGUGCCCAGCCUUCAGAAGCAGCAGGAUGACCACCGCGCGUUCCGGCGCCAGCUGGAGGACAAAAGGCCGGUGGUGGAGAACAACCUGCUGAGCGGCCGCCAGUACAUCGCCAACGAGCCGCCGCUCUCCGACACCAGCGACAGCGAAGCGGGCCGCGAGCUGGACGGCGACUCCCGCGGCUAUCGCAGCGCGGAGGAGCAGGCGCGCGAGCUGACUCGCAGCAUCCGCAGGGAGGUGAACAAGCUGUCCGACAAGUGGAACGCGCUCAUCGACCGCUCGGACCAGUGGCAGCGGAAGCUCGACGACAGCCUGGCGAAGAUGCGGAUAUUCCAGAAGAAUAUGGAUGACUUGGUUAGUCGUAUGACUGCUGCAGAAGCAAUUCGAAAUAGCUGGCAAGUUCCAGUUGACAUCACAGAUAUUGGUGAAAUGCUUGAACAGCUACAGAAAUUUGGUGAACGCCUCGGCCCAAUACAAAGGACAAUAGAUGAUGUAAAUGACCAGGCAGCUAUAUUCUCAGCUAAUAAUGUCCUGGUAUCACCAAUUUUCUUAAGUCGCCUUGAAGAUCUAAAUGGCAGGUGGAAAGUUCUUCAGAUAGCUGUGGAUGAACGUUACAAGCUGCUCAAUGAUUUUGGAAAGGAAGGAGCACCACCUAAUCAGGCUUUCCUGGCAGCUUCUGUGGAGGCACCGUGGGAGCGUGCGAUCACUGCGAACAAAGUGCCUUAUUAUAUAAACCAUCAGUUGGAGACUACUCACUGGGAUCACCCCAAGAUGAUUGAACUCAUGAAUUCUCUGACAAAUCUAAAUGAAGUUCGAUUCUCUGCAUAUAGAACAGCAAUGAAACUCCGUACUGUUCAGAAGCGUCUCUGCUUGGAUCUCCUGAACCUGUCAUCAGCACUUGAUUCAUUUGACUCACAUGGGUUGAGGGCACAGAAUGACAAACUGAUAGAUGUUCCCGACAUGGUUACUAUCUUGUCAUCAUUGUAUGACCUAAUGGCAGCUGAUAAUCCAACACUGGUGAAUGUUCCUCUUUGUAUUGAUCUUGCUAUAAACUGGCUGUUGAAUGUGUAUGACAGUCAACGUACGGGCCAAAUUCGUGUGCUGUCUUUCAAGGUUGGCCUUGUCCUUCUGUGCAAAGGACACCUUGAAGAGAAGUAUAGAUAUUUGUUCAGGCUUAUUGCUGAUCCUAAUCGGCAAGUAGACCAACGGAAGCUGGGACUGUUACUGCAUGAUUGUAUCCAGGUACCUCGACAGCUGGGAGAAGUUGCUGCCUUUGGUGGAUCCAACAUUGAACCAUCUGUGAGAAGUUGUUUUGAGAAAGCAGGGAAGGAGAGAACAACUAUAGAGGCCAUCCACUUCUUGAACUGGUUGCAACAAGAGCCACAGAGCAUGGUAUGGUUGCCAGUUCUCCAUCGACUUUCUGCUGCAGAAACAGCAAAACAUCAAGCUAAAUGUAAUAUAUGUAAAGAAUAUCCUAUUGUUGGAUUUAGGUACCGCUGCUUGAAGUGCUUCAAUUUUGACAUGUGUCAGAACUGUUUCUUUUCAGGAAGGAAGGCUAAGAACCAUAAACUUACACACCCCAUGCAAGAAUACUGUACAGCUACUACAUCCGGUGAAGAUGUCCGUGACUUCACACGUGCUCUACGCAACAAGUUCAAGUCUAAGCGAUACUUCAAGAAACAUCCGAGAGUAGGCUACUUGCCAGUCCAAACAGUUCUGGAAGGAGAUGCUCUGGAGAGUCCUGCACCAUCACCUCAACAUUCAACCCUCAGCCAGGACAUGCACUCUCGUCUAGAAAUAGAUGAUGAACAUCAGCUGAUUGCCCAGUAUUGCCAGUCGCUCAAUGGAGGUGAAAGUGUCCCAGUACCUCGCAGCCCAGUACAGAUUAUGGUUGCAAUUGAUGCAGAGCAACGAGAAGAACUCGAGGCAAUGAUAAGGGAACUGGAAGAGGAAAACGCGUCCUUGCAGGCAGAGUACGAACGUCUUCGUGCUCGCCAGACACCUGGGUCAACCCCAGAGGAAGCUAGCCAGAUGCCCAGUACUAGUGCUGGAGGCGCAGACAUGUUGGCUGAGGCAAAACUGUUACGACAACACAAAGGCCGGCUCGAGGCUCGCAUGCAAAUUCUUGAGGACCACAACAGGCAGCUUGAAGCACAGUUGCAGCGUCUGAGACAGCUCCUUGAUGAGCCAAGUUCUGGUUCACCAUCAAAGACGGGAACCCUGCAGACACGAUCAGUUACUGCCUCCCAGCUGGCAACAGAUUCUCCAGCAAAACUGAAUGGUCAUUAUCAAGACUCUCCAGGUGGUCGCUGGGUUGAUGGUGGUAGGAGCAGCCUCGAUCGUGCAGAUAUGCGGCCUCCCCCACCACCCGCUACACACAACAUGGCUUCAGCUUCUGCAUCCACUGCACAGAAUGUGGGUAAUUUGCUUCAUAUGGCAGGAGAUUUGGGGAAAGCAGUUGGCGAGCUUGUGACAGUGAUGACAGAUGAUGAACCACAUUUGGGCCCACAGGAUGAUGACAAUGAUAAUCAAGCUGACCAUGGUUCAGCUAGGCAGAAUAAAAAAUGACAUCAUUUUAAGACUCUGUAAUAAACGUUCAUAUCAGACAGCUAUCUUUUAUAGCUGUCCAUGUCAGGAGUGAUUUCCUUUUAAUUUUAUAAGUUAACCAAGGGCUGAUAAUCAAUCCAAUCAUUCAGUUUUAAUACAGUGAGAACUAAAUGUCCACUCACAAAGAAAUUUGGGAUGAAUUCUUUUUCACUAUUGCUCCAAAAUUCCAUAUUAAACUGAAAUCAGCUUUGCACAAAAUACAUCACACGCGAAAAAAUUAUUUAGUGUAGUGUUACAUACCUGAAUUAAUGUUGAACUUUGAAACCAAAACACAUCCUACGUAACAUAUCUUCAUGAAGGAAACAUAUGGUUCCUUUAUUAAUACUAUCAGAUAGAGUAAGUUUAAUCUUGUUAAUGUGUAACCACAGAUGUAUCUUUGUAAAUAAAUGACCAAAGUACUGCAGUCACUUAUAUAUUCAGUACAUAAAUGUGCACAUUCAAAAAUCAUAUAUCUUCAUAGUAACAUCAUAAUAAGGGAGACUUACAAACUGCUUUGGUAAUAAUUUAAAAGUGAUCUAAAAUUGCACAAACUGGUAUUGUCUAACUUCUUUCGCUGUUAGGCCCUCCAUAGUGAUAUGCUGUAUGGUUCUAUGUAUGUUUGUUGCCAUUAGAGUAAUAAAUGUGUUAGCUUUUGAGAGAUAAUUGUUUGAUUGGAAAGGACUUUAUAUUGUCAUUGCAACUCACAGUAAAUUUAAGUACAGCAGAGGAAAAGCUUAUGAAUAAUAUGUCGUGAAAGAAAAAUUGAACAGAUGCAAACUCUGUAUGGUGAGAAAAUAAAUGUGGCACAAGCUACUGUAGCGUUAUUGUUAAUUGCAGAAUGUAAGACAAAAAGAUUUGUGAAUUAUCUGCGAUGGUGGUUAUAUAGCACAUAUCUUCGAUGUUGACAUUUUCAUUGCCAAAUUGAACUAUUAUUUUGAUGAUAUUAUUUUAUUUUAUUAUAUGCAAGUCUUUCUCAAAUGAGUAGUGAAAAUAAUUCCCUCUAAUUUGCGGUAUUUCGUAGAAGUUUAAAGCUGUUGUUAUAAAUAUGGAAAUUAACUAUUCGUGUUUAGAAUUGCUUACAUACAAAACCCAUUAAUGAUAUUGUAAAAUGUUUCUAGUUAAAUAUACAAAUGGAAUUUGUUUGUUUCCCAGAUUAUAAUGAGUAAAACUACAGCUUUUGGUAUUUAUUCCUGAAAAAUAUACCUAUUCACAACAUAUCACCUCUAUGACUAUUUUAAUGAAACUGAAUAAAGUAUUACAUAUGUGAAUGGUACUAAUAAAUAUAAGUAACUAAUGCAAUGUCACAUCAUUUCUAAAAAAAGAAAUGGAAUAAUGGUACUACUUUUUUUGUAUACUUGUCCCUAUUGUAGUGUUAAUGUUAUUUUGACUAUGCAUGUCACAUCCACAUUUUCACAAUUCUUACAUUUGUGCAUUUAAUGCCACUAUCAUAUUUUUCUGAAGUAGUAUUAUUCACUUAUACAGUUAUUGCCCUUCUGAGAAAAAUGGUAAAUAAAGUUAUGUACUGGCAUUAAUUCAGAGUUUUUGUUGAAGUGAAGCAAUCAAUCACAGUAGUUUUGAGGAAUAUAAGCUCUGGAAAAGAUACAGGAUACUGGUCGCUCCCAUAAGUUAGCAGUGGACAUGUUUAUUUGAACUGUCUCACAGUGAUUAAUUAGAAAAACUAGAUUUUUUUACCUGCAGUUGUCUCUAUGGAAUAUGUGGAUGUAACAUGCCGAAUGUGAUUGCUGUAGUAGUUUGUAAUGAAAACAAUUGACUGAAUACUGUAUGAUGGUGUGCCAUACAUAGAAAUAAAUACAUUAAAGGAUCAAAAGUGAAUAAAUGUGGAUGGAGUAAAGCUAAUAUAUCUGUUAAGAGAAAGUUACAUUUUCACUGUACAUGUACCGGUAUUCCAAAACGUAAAGUUUUUGCGGUCAAUGUUUCCUUUCAUAGGAGUAUAGAGGUCUUCAUUCCACCUUCUAUUUGUAUACUAUUUUCAUGUUAAUUCCGAGUUCAGAUCUUGUCAGUAUUUGCUCUCUUCUGGAACUCAAAGUGAAAAAGAAGAGUGGCUAUUUUAAUAUUGUAUGCUGUGUUAAUACAUUUGUAACAUGUAUAAAGGGGAUUUCAUUUUCCAGUCUUACAUAUGUUCUUGAGUGUAAUCACAAUUGAAAAUCAUCUUUUUGUUGGUAUUUUCAUAUUUGACGCUUUCAUUUCUGGAUAUUACAUACACAGUAACUAUUCAUUGAAAAAGUCACAAAAUAAUCCAAAAAUAAAUAAUUAUUCAUACAUUUAUGUCAAAUCGAUCACACACAGCCAUAUUACUGAUAUUUCAUGCCAUGUAACUACACUGGGUCUGAAAAGCUGUUGGCAAAAUAUUCCUGAUACACAUAUACUGCUGACAUCAUUUCAGUGUUGAAAAAAUUGGAGCUGGGUUGCAGUUUUUGUUUUAAUUUGCCAACUGUAAACUGAAAAUUAUUUUGAACUGUAAAGACAUUGUAAUGAAGAAUAUGUUAAAAAUUAUCUGUAGAUGGCAUACCAUUUCCCCAUGUCUCAUACAUUUCAAUGAUCAUAUCAAAUUGAUGGAUACCAUACCAUGUAAUUACUAGGAUAGAAUGUUAGUAUUAUUUUACUGUAAUACACAUUUAACAGUGAAACUUUUAUAAAAUACACAUUGUUCCAGGCAAUUUUACUGUUAAUGUUUGCAAAAUUUCCAAAUGCAUUAGUUGGAAGCUAAUUGAUAUCUUAAUUGAAUAUAUGCCAACAUGAUUAAUUAUAAGGCCUGGCAUUAGAUUUGUGCGUACAGAAAAUGCAUACCAGUUCAAAGCAGCUGUAGAUAUUUGUACUUCAAAUAUGUAACUGUUACGUAUCAUAAUGGAUUAUGUUUUGCCAAAAGCUUCAAUGUUUGUUUAGUCAGGCCUAUAAUUACAUGACUUUUGUCCAUUAAAUUGCUUUGAAAUUGUGCAUUAGGUAUGACAUUCCUAGGUAAUUUAGAGACGAGUGCUUUACAUUUCAUUCACAUUGCUACAAUGUAUAGAAAAAUGUUUUGUUUGUAAUUUUUUUUAAAAAAAUGGGAUCACUUUAGAUUGUAUUUGUAGAUGGUUUUUUUAUGAUUCUGCAUUGAGAACGUGCAACUGAUUUCAGAAUGUGUUGAAUUGUUUGAGAAAUUUCCAUACUACUUUCAUAUGUAUUUUUUUUCCAUAUGUCCUUCAGUUGAUAUGAUUUCAUAAUAAAGAUUUUUUAUUACCAAAAACUGGA